UCCCAGAAAAUGUACAACAAGCUUCUUCCAAGAUUUCUAUGAAUUGGUUCUUGCUCUACAUAUAAAUUCCAGAUCGAAAAAAGUCUGCGAAAAGCUGAAAAUGGAUGUUGAAUUAGGUCUUGAGCUUGCUAAAUGCUUGGAUGAGUUUGUGUCAGGCAGUCCUAUUUUCAUCUCUGGAGAAACAGACAGCAUGUUUAUCCUCACAGCAGUUCUUAAAGGUUAUACCAGAGAGCUGAUUAAGAUUGAUGUAAAUGACUGUGAAAGAAGCCUUGUGAUUAGUGGUGAAAAGCCGAUUCAAGAUAUGGUCAUGGUGGGGUGGAAAGUGUACAAGAAAGAGAUCAAGAUGAUGGGAUUCACAAAGGCUUUUGUGAUUCCUGAUGGUGUGAUUAUUGAUCGAAUUGAGGCGAGGUUUAAUAAGGAAAAUUUCAAGUUAACUGUUGCAAUGCCGAAGAUGGUGAAAGGAAUUAAGGGGAUUAAAGUUAAAGAAGUGAAAGUAGAAGAACAUGACACAGGAGGAUACAGAUCACUGCAAGUUGUGGAUGAUGAUGAGAGUGUUCGAAAAAUUGAUCUAGCCUCCGGAGAGUUGGCAUUAGUCUCUGAGCGCGACAGAGAGGUUCAUAGUACGAAAGAAAAGAUUGAGAACGAAGUUGAACAAGAAGAAAAAAGUUUAGAUGAGACAAUUGUGACAACAAUUCAAACAUUUGCUGAUUGUGAAGACAAUGUGAUCAUUCCUGAUGUGCUUCCGCAGAUACAAGGCGAAAAAACAGGGAAAGCAUUGGAGGAAACACAUGAAAAUCACAGUAUUCAAGAACAGGAGGCACUAAAAUGUGAUCAAAAUGAAAAGGAGAGAGUAGGCUACGAAGGAGAAGGUAGUGUUUCAUGCAAUGCACAAGGACAUGAAUCUCCUGAGGAACCAUCUACGACGACAGAGAAGAAGUUCCGCGACCAAUCAACACAAACCGAUCCACCUAGAAGGCCUAAGAAGUGUUGUGUUCCGAUGAUUGCUGGUGGAUCAGCUCUACUAAUAUCUGUACUGGUGUUUGUAAUCCAUUUGAUCAGAGAUCAGGACAAGCCUAGGAAGAAGAAACAGCAAUAAUUAAGAGCUGGCAAUUACAUUUCUAUCUCCAUUACUAGUUAUCUAAUAUUUCCUUCUCAAAGCAUUUAGAAGAAUUUCAAAAUAUUAUUCAUUUAUUGAUUGACGUCCCCUAAUUUGAGCAAUGAGGAAACAAUAUUUUGUUCCAGAAAGAGAAAUGGAAGGUAUAACUUUGCAGAAUUUACUCAACUUAACAGACAAAAGUUAGUUAGGAAGGAUGUAGCAC